AUGGCCCGCAAACAUGUGGCGAUCGGAGGAACGUUUGCGUGCGACGAAGCACUUGCUCUGCCGUUACAGUAUUUGCUAAAGAAUGUCGGUAUUGUUUUGAAGUGUUUGUUUACAGCAGUAUCGGUCUUUAGUCUCAACCAGUCAUUUGUGAUCAACGUUAUAGCUGUGUGGAGUGUCAAUGUCGACUUACAAUGGCUUCGGUAUGGCAGUGUGACAGACUUCAAUGAAUGGUCCGGCGACGUACUGCAUCCUGCGUGUCCAAUGGACUUGGUGCUAUUACUCGUUCGCUUAAGUGAUCUCGAAGCUCCUCAUCCUGAGUUGCAUCUCUCCAAGAAUGGCGAAGAUGAUGCCAGUGCGAAUGUUAGUGAAGAUGGUAUCGCUGUAAGCCCAAUCAAUCAAUUCCUCCGAGAUCUUGAGCGAUACGACAACAUGGGGAAUACAAAUUUCGCUGCCGCCCCACUGGUGGUUUUGCUGUGCCCUUGUCCGCCGACUACAGCAGCAAGGUUCGAUACAAUGGAACACGAAAUUCAGAGCAAGACGGAGGCAAUGCAAAACGUGACCGUGCAGUCGGCAAGGCGGCUUCUGGCACUCUUUCAACAGCAGUAUACGACUGCGUUCUACGACGUUGUCGCCGACAAGCGCCAACAUUCACCGUAUACUCAAGCAAUGUUGAAUAUAAUGAGUCUGUCACUGUGCAGACAGAUAUGUCGCCUCUUCCGUAGCGACCGGAAAAAAGCAAUUGUACUUGAUUGCGACAACACAUUAUGGGGUGGUGCAGUAGCUGAAGUUGGCGCCAGCGGAAUCGAAUUAGCUCCGCGCUUUCUCGCUCUUCAGCGUUUUGUUGUUGCACAGCAGAAGCGAGGUAUGCUGCUUAUGCUUUGCAGUAAAAAUAUUCUCGCGGACGUGACGGAGGUGUUUACAAAACGUCGAGGUGACAUGGUACUCGACCUAGAUAAACACGUGACAGCCGCCAAGGUCAACUGGCAGCUAAAGUCGGAAAGUAUUGCACAGCUCGCCAAAGAACUUUCUCUUGGUAUGGACUCGUUCAUUUUCAUCGAUGACAAUCCUCUUGAGUGCCAUGAAGUUGCAGCUGCCUUGCCCUCCGUAACAGUCAUUCCACUCGGAGCAGACUUUUCGGAAUCAGUACUAGAAGAUGAAUGGAUUUUUGACGAUAGUUUGAACGUAACUUCACAGGCAAACAUCAGCACGAAGGAAGAUAGUCAGAGGACGCUCCUUUAUCAGCAAAACAUUAAGCGUGAACAUCUUCGUGAAUCGUCAUCAACGCACAAAGCAUUUCUGGGUGCUCUUGGUGUGAAAAUCGUGUUCGAAGAACUUGAUCGCGAACAAGAACUACGAGGAAGAAGCUCUUCAUUUGCUCGAGUGCUGCAGCUUCAUCAUCGUACAAACCAGUUCAGCACGGCAACAAUAUUCGCAAAGCGCCUGGAGGAAGAAGCGCUUUUGACAUAUGUUGCUGCUCCAAACCACACAGUCGUUUGCGCUCAUGUGACCGAUCGAUUCGGUCAUUACGGCCUCGUUAGCGUUGCUCUUUGUCAGCGUGUGCGCAAGAGCAAUGUUUUGCGUAUCGACAGCUUUUUGCUCAGCUGUCGUGCACUGAACCGUGGGGUGGAGCAUGCAAUGACGCGAAGACUUAGUGAGAUCGCUGCAAAGACAGGAGCGACAUUUCUCGAGUUUAUCUGGGAACAAACCGAGCGCAAUCAGCCAGCGCAUGCAUUUUUCGUGGCGUUGUCUGAUGUGAGCUUUGCAGACAAGAGUAUUCAUGUGGACAAGGCAAGUCUCAGCAGCUCUGCCUCUGGCACUUGGGUAAUUACAGCCGACAAAGCGAGCGAAGUGUCUUUUCUAAAGUCGGAUGACAGCUUCCAUCGAAACAGUUCUAAGGCGGAUAGGAUGACAGGAGGACUUUUUCUUCGUCGAUGUGUCCUGUGGCUCCGAACUCUCGCGCUUUCAGUCCUCCGGUGGACACUGACUUCCAUUAUAUUGCCGCGGUGCAUAGCACAAUCACUCAAGCCGUCCUUCAUCGAGCAGCUUGAUGGAUCUGGUUCCGUUGGCUUGCUGCGUGUACCCCUCCGAGAUCGUGGCAGCUUGGAGCAACUUCUCCGUCCAGUUUUGAACGUACCAAGCGAAGAUAAUUAUGUGAUCUCUGGUGCCAGCAGGGCAGACGCAAAUGACGACAAGUUUCGAAGGAAGGCACGUCACUUAACCAAGCUGGCACUAGUUGAUUACACCCAUGAAAGAGAGCCACGCGUGAUUUGGUCUGCUAACAGAGUGUAUGCGGAGGAACAAGCCGAAGCUAAGGACAAUCUUAGCCGGAAAAAUGCCUCCACUAAUUCAGGCGGAUCUGCCAACAGCCUCCAGCCUAUUUGUGAGUCUCCCCAGUGUUCAGUAAUCAUCCAACGUGAUAGCCGAUGUGCCUUCCAGCGAUGCCGUAACUGCUGCUACCGGACCCAGCGGCUCUUCACGCGAUCAAUGUACCACGAGAAUGCUGAGGCCCGACAAUCGGCAGUAAAGCAGCUCCAAGUCGAAUUCGUAGAUGACGCAACGCACAUGUCUAGCCAAACGUGUAAAGUGCACCAAAACAGGCGGCGCCUUGGGGAGAUGCACAAAGCCAAGCAAUGA